AUGGUCAGACAGGCUAUCGCCGAGUUUCACGACAGUUUCGGUUCGUCGAAAGCUGCCAUCCAUCGUUACAUUGUUGAGCGCUAUCCACUUGGAAAGAACAACAACGUGAUUAGUAGCAAUACUCGGCUAGCGCUCAGGAGAGGUGUUGAGCGAGGACCACUCGUACAAGUCAGCGGAAGCGGUGUAAAUGGAAGUUAUAGGCUCGCUGAAGAGAAAGCGUCUAUUCGGAAGGGCAAAGAUAACGUCGACAGCAAGAAGGCAAAACCAGCAGGACCCGAAAAAACAGUCACCGUAUCGGUAAAAAGCAAGUAUCGAGAAGAAGACCAAGGCACGAGAGAAAGUGACGUCAAAGAAAGCCAAAAAUUCUGCGAUUUUCGGUGUAUUUUUUGA